AUGCUGCAAAACACGAAGUUCUACAAGCACGCCUUGGAGGCACAGCGUGUACCACUGCCGGAGCCAUUGCCUCCGAAUUAUAUUGACAACUUGCACGAGAUCUUCUUUGAGCAGAUCUUCGAGCGAAUCGACUACAUCAGCGAUCAGGUGCGAAUGGCACGUGCAUAUCCACAGUUUCUGCCACAGGUUUUGCGCAUAUGGCAGAAACGCUGGCACUUUCGCAUCGUUGGACCGAAUACUCCGUUCCUGGGGUUGCUAGACAUCGAGGAUUAUGUGUUCUUCAUGGAGAACAUGGCCAGUCGUUUCACCGAGUUGCACGUGCACGAGGACGGCGUGGGCUCCUUUGCCGAAUUCUACGAUUACAUUAGACAUCUGUGCGAUAUCAAUAUUUUGAGAUUUCCCAGCGUGGAGAGCUGCGUAUUGGGUGGAAAUCCAAAUACCAUGGUCGAUGAGGACAUACGUGAUCUAACUGCAAUGCUGCCCAAUUUGAAGCGCUUGACCAGCUGCAUGAAUCUGUCGGGCUUGUAUAUGCGAGGCUUUAGGAAACUGGAGCAGCUGGUGUUCAAGUCCAUGUACCAUUCGGUGCCGCUGGACAGCCGAUGGAUACAGGAAAUCUGCUUGAGCAUGACACAGUUGAGGGUACUGGACAUCACUGACUCCUUUGACAGCAGUGUGCGGCUGCACGACAUCAAGCUGCCCAAUUUGGAGGUGCUGAAGAUCAACCUGAGCAGCGUGGAGUGCAUGCUCUCCGAGGUGCUCCAGCUGCCCAAGCUACGUAAGUUGGCCGUGCGCUUCGACGAUUCCCGCCAACUGCAUGCCGAUCAGGAAACCAUAUUCCAACAAAUUAUUGUGGCCAAAAGUGAGUCAAUCACUCGCAUUGCUCUCAAUAAUGAAGUGGUGCAGUUGCCUGCUCGCUGGCAGCACAGCCUGCUCUUAGAGCUCCCCAAGCUGCGCGCUCUGGUCUGCGAGAACUGGUACCAUGAUGUAUUCUUCUUGGAUAACCGUCAUAUACCCUGCUCUCAGAUGAAGGUGCUCAGCUUCAGUGGCUGGGAGAUUGUGAGGGAGCAUCAGCUGCUCGAGCUAGUGGCCGAGUGUACCCAGCUCACACAGCUCGCCCUCAACGGCUACCACAGCAACGGGGACAAGUUGCAGAAGCUGGAACGCAUACGCAGCAUGGAGCGCAAUGCCAAGCCGUUGCAGGUGUUUAGCGAGGUGAUGUGGACGCAAAUGCAUCCCAACGAAUAUCACUACUGGAGGUGCAACAAGCAUGUGCAGGUGACCUGCGAUGGCAGCGAAUACGAGUACCAGGAGGACGGCUUCGAAUUUGACUUUGUCUAG